AGUUGAUUGAAGGGUAAAAAAUUAAAUAAAUUCAACAAUGGAGAAGUCCAAUUACCACUCGGCCAACUGGCAGAACAACCAGUGUACCAUAAUCAAAAGUUUGGGUAAUGGUAGACUGUGUGUUCCAACACGUAAGUCGUUUUUGUCGGCACUGGAGGCUUGUGUUGAUGCACUGACAAUUUAUCACUACACACUGAACAAUUGGAAUUGUACUGGAAAUGGUAAUGAAGCCAGAAACGCUCCGGAUGAGACAAAAGAAACGGAAAAAAACCCAGAUCAUAGUGAGAUGCUUUGCAAGUUGGAGUGCGACAGUUCGUACGUUCGGCAACUAUUAAAUGACGUAAAAAAUGAAAUGCAAGAGAAGGGGACUUACACUGCCUUGAUCAGUCUAAUCAAUCGAACAGCCGAAAAAGAAGUGGAAGAGAACAACAUCAUCCUGAACGACAUUGCAGCACAAAAAACUGUCGAAGACCUGAAGAAAGAGCUCCUUCAAGAAACGAUGGAGAACGAACAAGAGAUAUCGGGCCUCUGCAAACAACUCAACAAACUAAAGGAAGAAAAACAGGAAAUCGAAUUGAAAAUAGACCGUGAAACGGGAUACACGAGUGCCUGGGAAACAGCCCAAUGUGAGGAGAAUAUGAAGCGCUGUAACAUCACCCUGGAGUACCUAAGAACAUCGCUAGAGGAUAUCUUAAUCCUCAAGAAAAACGAGUGUAGAGUUGCCCGUGAAAUUGAUGCAUUUCUCAAGCAAAACAUCGCUUUCAACGUGAAAGCCUCGGACAACUGGGAUAACAGGUACCACCGAGAAAUGCAAAUGUACACUGACAGAAAUAAUCAACUGCGAGAAACCAUCGAGAGUAGACGCUCCACUCUUCAGGAACUUGAAACCAAGUUUCGUGAGAGACAGGAGUUUAUUGACCGGUAUCUCGCCGAGAAGGAGGCUGCGAGGGUUCUGAGGGAAUUGGAGGAGCAUAAAAAACAGUCAGCGAUUUGGAUACAAGCUUGGUGGAGAGGAGUCAUGGUGAGGCGAAAACUCGGACCCUAUCGACCGGAUGAGAAGAAAAAAAAGAAGACAGUCAAAGGAAAAAAAUAGCCCGGAUGAUUGAAAUGAUGUCAACUUUAGUAGCCUGAUGCAAAAAAAAAUUCGCCGAAUGUCCACGUGGAGAUAAAUAUUGAAAAAAAAUUACCAAAGUCAUCGCUGGCCCAUUACAGAAGUGACUGGGAACGAUUUAGUAGCGAAGCGGUGAAACGAGAUGAGUUGACUUAUCUCUGACUCAAGUUUUUCAGCGAUAUCUCUGAAUCUAAGGGAGAUAGCGGAAUUUUUGUCAUGACAUUUGUUGUAGCUCUCAGUUUGCCCCACAAAAAAGGUCCAAUGAAAAUUUUGCUGUCUCCCCUAGAUUUCGAGAUAUUCCAUAGUCAAUACUUCAACAAUAAAAUCACGAGAACAAGAGGGCUCUAACGAGGAUAAUUGGCGAGAUCGUAUUGACAAUUGAUUAUAUGUGACUCAAAAUAAAUUUUAUAGUUUCCUUAUUUGCAAAUAUGAUAAAAUCUGAAACCGCAAUCAUAGCAUCAACCAAUCCAUUCCCUCCCUCAUCAAAUUCUCAAAAAUUCUCCAAAAUUUUGACGUAUUCCUGAGGACGUAAAUGCCCCCAGUAAAACGCCUCGAGAUUACGACAUAAGAAAUGGUUAACACGACGUUGGCAUUCUCUAGAUACGAAGGCCCUCGCGCAAUUCCAUAUACUCCAACACCAUUUUCCCGUAGAACGUGAGUAUAUUGCAGGGAAAACUGGAGGAUGAAAAAAUAUAAAAUAAGGAAGUAGGUCAGAAAUACGAUUUUCACCGGGGAAAUGCCGACGAGACCACUCACAAGUUUUAUGCGAAAAUGAA